UAGUGAAUCAACUUUGAAUCACCAACUUUCUUUUCCACAGUACUUCUCUCUUCUUUCUCUCCAUUCCUCAAAAAAAAAAUAAAAAAUUGCAAAUUAUGUCAAAUUUGCUUCUUCAAUUACUAGCCUUAUUUAUUAUUUUUAUUUAUGCACAAUUUGUUAGAGCAGAACUUAUAGUACACAAUAAUGUUAGUGAUUUUCUCAACUUGAGAAUAAAUAGAGAAUUAUUGAGUAAUUGCAAUAUAUUUCAAGGCCAAUGGGUUAUUGAUCCUUCAUUCCCUCUUUACCAAUCUUCAAAUUGUCCAUUUAUUGAUCCUGAAUUUGAUUGCCAAAAGUAUGGAAGACCUGAUAAAGAAUACCUCAAAUAUGCUUGGAAGCCUGAUUCUUGCAACUUGCCAAGAUUUGAUGGAAUGGAUUUCUUGAAAAGAUGGAAAGGAAAAAAAAUAAUGUUUGUUGGUGAUUCAUUGAGUUUGAAUAUAUGGGAAUCUUUGGCAUGUAUGUUACAUUCAUCAGUGCCAAAUGCUGCUACUACUUUUACCAGAAAAGAAUCAAUUUCUUCUGUCACUUUUCAGGAGUAUGGAGUAACUUUAUUCCUUUAUAGAACCCCAUAUUUGGUAGAUAUAGUAAGAGAUAAAAUUGGAAGAGUGUUGAAAUUGGAUUCAAUUCAACAAGGUGAUGCUUGGAAAGGAAUGGAUAUGUUGAUUUUCAACUCUUGGCAUUGGUGGACUCACAAGGGAAAAUCUCAAGGAUGGGACUAUAUGCAAGAAGGUACAAAAGUCUCAAAAGAUAUGGACCGUUUGAUUGCAUUUUACAAAGGACUAACAACUUGGGGAAGAUGGGUUGAUCAAAAUGUUGAUUCUUCAAAAACCAAAGUUUUCUUCCAAGGCAUUUCUCCCACUCAUUAUAU